AUAUUGACACGAUUCAAACGUACCGGGGUCAGGCAAUGGGCGACCUGGAUCCACACAUAUUUGCGGUAGCAGAAGAGGCCUACACGCAAUUGGAACGGGAACAGAGGGACCAAAGCAUUAUCGUUUCCGGUGAGAGCGGCGCCGGAAAAACGGUGUCCGCCAAAUACGCGAUGAGGUACUUUGCGACGGUAGGAGGAAAUGCGACGGAAACGCAGGUCGAGAAGAAGGUCUUGGCGAGCAGUCCCAUCAUGGAGGCUAUAGGAAACGCAAAGACGACGCGAAAUGACAACAGUUCGCGAUUCGGCAAGUUCAUCGAGCUCCAAUUCAACAAACAGUUCAACAUAAGCGGAGCAUCCAUGAGGACGUACCUAUUGGAGAAGUCGAGGGUCGUGUUUCAAGCCCCAGGAGAAAGAAAUUAUCACAUUUUCUAUCAACUCUGCGCUGCGAAAGAUCAGUUGCCCCAUUUAAAGCUAGAUGACUCGACAAAGUUCCAUUAUUUGAAUCAGGGAAGAAGCCCCACGGUGGACGGUGUGAACGACCUGCAAACCUACGAGGAAACGACAACAGCUCUGGCACUUUUGGGCUUCAACGAGAGCGAACGCAACGACAUGUUCAAAAUCUUAGCGGCAAUUCUUCACUUGGGUAAUCUCAAAUUUAAGGAGAUGAUGAUUCGACAGGAGAACGAACAGGACCAGGAAGGAUGCGGGAUUCAACAAGGUGAUAAAAGCUUAAGCGUAAUCGGAGAGCUGCUUGAUAUCGACGUGGAAGAGUUGGAGCAAUGGUUAUGCAUUAAGAAGAUGGUGUCCAUGAGAGAAGUGUUUUUGAUUCCAAUGUCCUUGCAGCAGGCCAUGGUCUCGAGAGACGCUUUAGCCAAACACAUUUACGCAAUUCUUUUCAAUUGGAUCGUUCUGAUAAUCAACAAAGCGCUUGAAUCUGAAGUUCCCAAAUACAAGUUCAUCGGUGUUCUGGAUAUUUACGGUUUUGAAACGUUCGAAAUUAACUCGUUUGAGCAAUUCUGCAUUAAUUACGCCAACGAGAAACUGCAGCAACAAUUCAACAUGCACGUUUUCAAACUAGAGCAAGAGGAGUACAUCAAGGAGGAAAUCGAAUGGAAGAUGAUUGAUUACCUAGAUAAUCAACCUUGUAUUGAUUUAAUCGAAACGAAAUUAGGAAUUUUAGAUUUGCUGGAUGAAGAAUGCAGGAUGCCCAAAGGUACAGACGGCUCUUGGACAGAAAAACUGUACGCGAAAUGCAUGCAGUAUUCGCACUUCACCAAAGCCCGUUUCGGAACUAGCGCAUUUGUGAUCAACCAUUUCGCCGAUAAAGUGCAAUACGAGAGUAGCGGAUUCUUGGAGAAAAACAGAGACACGGUCAUUGAGGAGCAAAUAAACGUGAUCAAGGCCAGCAAAAAUGAUUUGGUCCGUAGGCUCUUCGCUCCGGAGAUGAAGCAAAGCACAUCUUUAACAAAGCUGAAAGUGAUUUCAGCGAAACCAGCACCUAAAACUAAAAAAACCAACAAAAAAACUGUAGGUUCUCAAUUCAGGGAUUCUCUGAAUAUGCUCAUGAACACAUUGAAUGCCACGACACCCCAUUACGUGAGAUGCAUUAAGCCUAACGAUACCAAAACCGCUUUCGAGUAUAAUCCUAAGAGAGCGGUGGAACAGCUGAGAGCUUGCGGUGUCUUGGAGACAAUCAGAAUAUCAUCAGCUGGAUUUCCGAGCAGAUGGACUUAUCCCGAUUUCUUCAGCAGAUACAGGGUUCUCUGCAAGUUCGUUGAUAUCAGCAGGAACAGCAUGCAAAUCACAUGUCAGAGGAUCUUGACGCAGUACAUAAAGAACUCAGACAUGUAUCAGUUCGGAAAGACGAAGAUCUUUUUCCGCGCCGGUCAAGUAGCGUAUUUGGAGAAGCUAAGAGCCGAUAAGCUGAAGAAGUGCUGCAUUGUUAUGCAGAGUACGGUGAGGGCGUUCAUUUGGAGAAAGAAGUAUAUUAGGAUCAAGAAGGCCAUCCACAAUUUACAACGAUACUCUCGAGGAUAUUUGGCAAGGAGAUUGGCCAACGAUUUGCGCAGAAAUAAGGCCGCAAUUAUAAUUCAAAGAUAUACUAGAGGAUGGGUCAAAAGGACUCAAUACAAGAAGAAGCAGCAGCUAUUGCUUGGAAUACAGAGAUUUGCACGCGGAUUUUUGGCAAGAAAACGUUACAUGAAACUCAAAUACAAUGCAAAGGCGCUCAUUAUACAAAGAUUCGUUCGUGGUUGGUUGGCAAGAAAACGAGCUAAUAAGAGGAAGAGGCAGAUUAUUCUUUGCCAAGCAACGAUUCGCAGAUUUCUUGCGAGAAGGCGUUACAAGAAGUUGAGGAUCGAGGCUAGAUCCAUCGAACACGUGAAGAAGUUGAACGUGGGUUUGGAGAAUAAAAUUUUCAUGCUGCAGCAGAAGAUCGAAGACUUGAACAAAACUAAAACAGAGUUGACUGGAGCCCAAAAUGAUAUCAGCGAUCUAAAAAAUAAAUUGAUUACUUUCAAAGCAAUGGAACUGGAAAUAAAGAAUAUGAAAACUUUGUUGGUUAAAAAGAACGAUACCAUUGAUCAUCUCGAAGAGAAAGUGAAGAUCGAGCAGAGUGAGAAAAUGGAUUUGGUUCAUGAUCAAGAGAAAUAUCAGAAGGAAAUCGAGGAUGAGAGAAAUCAUUGGAUGGAGGAGACUAGUAAGCUUCGAAAGGAGUUGGAUAACAUUAAUGAGAUUGUGAAGAUGAACGAGGAAGGCGCGGAGGAACAUCUCAAGGCUCGUUUGGAACAGGAGAAGAUUAUUCUGUUGAAGCAGCAGGAUAACGAUACGAUGGCUUAUCAAAGGUUAUUGGAAGAAUAUCACCAACUGGAAUCGCACUGCGAUAACUUAGAGAAAUUAGUCAGUGAGAAUAACAGGCAAAAUUAUCACCACGUGAGAAACGUGAGCGAUGUAAGCAGUAUAAUUGUUGGUGAGGAGAGUCACAGCGAUAUUCAAGAUGAUCAUGGUUAUGGUUCUGUCCGAAGCACAAGCUCAUCGAAUCAUGCGAAAUUGGAAAACAUUGAUUGGAAAGAGGGUCACACCGAUAGCAUUCCAUCGAGCUCUUCGAGUUCAGAAAAUACAAAGAUGGAUAUCAGUCCGAGCAAAACAGACGUGGCUUUGGUGUUGAAGUUGCAGCACAAAUUGGCUGAAGUGGAACGCGAAAAAUCUCGUCUGCAGAAGAGGUUGGAUGACAUCGAAACUUCUCCAAGGGCUGAACAGGCGGAGAACAAUGCAAGAGAUUCGAUUAAGAUCAACGAAUUGGAAUUGAGCAAUUCGAAUUUGAAAUCGCAGUUGAUGGAGUUGAGAGGAAGCAUCGAGGAUGGAACCGGCAACAAGCAGCUGUCCGAACAAUUGGUUACCAUGCAAUCCGAAUUAGACAGGAAGAUGGAGGAAAUAAUCCAAUUGAAGAGUGUUUUGGCGUCGCAAACAGAUAGUAUGAAGAGUUUGGUCAGCUCGAAGACAAGAACGGGAACCUACAUCAAUGAAGACGGAGAAUUGGCGUUGGCGUACGAAACUCAGAAGGCUAUAAAUAAGCAAUUAGAGUUGGAAUUGCAGGACGAGAAGGUCAAAUACAAAGCUCAUGAAAAAGAGUACAAGCUGGAGAUCGAUAAGCUGAGAGAGGAUAACGAAAGGCAGCAACGCAUCCUUUCUGCCAAUCUGAAGACGACACCUCAAUCCCAGACGGAGGCAUUCAUGUCGCACGAAAUCACGAGACUCACUACCGAGAAUCUGAAUCUUACCGAUGCCAACGAUAAUCUGGGUGAGAGCGUUCGCAAAUUGAAGAAGCACGUGAAACUGCUAACAAAGAAACUCAAAGACAACGGAAUCGAUAUCGAUGAAUCUAUCGUGGAGACUGGUCAGAUGCAGAAACAUGCCAGGUCAAUGCCGUGCAUCAAGAAGAAAGACAGGGAGUAUUUGGGAAUGUUUGCUUACAAGGAAGGAGAAGAGGCGAUAAUUGCUAAAUCGUUGGUGAUUGAUCUGAAACCGAGAACCGCGGUGACCCUACUUCCUGGUCUACCGGCCUACAUUAUGUUCAUGUGCAUAAGACACACCGAUCACAUCAACGACGACGAUAAAGUUCGAGCUCUUCUUUCCGCAUUCACCAAUUCGGUUAAGAAAGUUCUCAAGAAACGAAACGAUGACUUUGAGACAAUCACGCUUUGGCUCUCGAAUACUUUAAGAUUGUUGCACAACAUGAAGCAAUACAGCGGAGACAAAGCAUUCCAAACAAAGAACACGCAAAAGCAAAACGACCAGAGAUUGAGGAACUUUGAUUUAUCAGAGUACAGACAACUCCUGUCGGAUAUAGCUGUUUGGAUUUAUUUAGCUUUGAUCCAACAUCUGCAAGAGAAGAUACAACCGUUGGUGGUGCCAGCAAUACUCGAACACGAGGAAAUCCAAGGUUUGAGCGGAGGAAAACCCGGCUUCAGGAAGAGGACGAGCAGCAUCGCAAAAGAACUCGAAAGUCCCAAGAGUACAACGAAACCCACCACAGCUUUACUACAAGAAUUAACUAGCCAACAUAAAAUUUUGAGCUUCUACGGUGUAGAUCCCGAAGUUAUCUCGCAGGUGUUCAGACAACUUUUCUACUUCCUUUGUGCUUCGAGCUUAAAUAAUCUGCUGUUGAGGAAAGAGCUGUGCCACUGGUCGAAAGGUUUCCAAAUUAGACACAAUCUGUCGCAUUUGGAGAUGUGGACCAGAGAGAAGCAAUUGACGGAAAUUCCGGUGCAAGAAGCGCUUCAACCGAUAAUUCAAGCCGCUCAUCUCCUGCAAGCGCGUAAGAAGGAUGAAGACGUAGACAGUGUUUGCGAAAUGUGCAGUGCGCUGACGCCUCUGCAAAUCUGCAAAAUUUUAAAUCUUUAUACACCGGUCGAUGAAUUCGAGCAGCGCGUCCCGGUCACCUUCAUCAGAAAGGUUCAAGCAAAGUUAAACGAGAGGGAAGGAAGCCACGAACCACAGGCUCUUUUAAUGGACAUCAAAUACACACAUCCAGUGCGAUUCCCUUUCAAUCCGUCGAUCAUCUGCUUAGAGAGCAUUGACAUUCCCGAUGUCCUCAAGCUCAAUAUGCUGGAAAAGAUUUAAGAAUAUUCCCAAGCUUUAACUGUUAAUACCCGUUUCUUGUAGAAGAUAUUUAGCAACGUAUAUAAUUACCAGUCUAGAAACAAUCUGUACAUAUUAGGAAAACCAAACAAAUUAACGCAUAUUAUUGCAUAGAUAAAUGAAAAUAAUUUAAUUUUCCUUAGGCGCGAAAUCUAUGCGACUAGAUAAUUUGUAAAUAUUAUAAUAUUUAUAAAUAUAAUUAUUAAAAUAUUGAGAGAAAGAAGCAUUAAUAAUCCGAGAAAAAUUAAGAAAACAAAUAAAAUAGAGGCAAGAUUAUUUGCGAAGCAAAUUGAAUUAACGAAAUUAAAUUUGAACAGCAAAUUUCGUUUUUCAAGUGCCAUAAAAAAAGAAUAUAUAUAUAUAUUUGUACAUAGGUAAUUUACUUUACGGCGAUUUUUGAUUUAAACUCCUCCUCUUAUCGCAAUAAGUUUAUGUUACAUAUCAUUUUGGUUCCUUCCGUUUCUUAUACAUAAUUAGUAUUAUUUUUGUGUUGUUUACUUCGUUUGAUUGAGUAAAUGGUCUUACUGUGGCUUACAGAUAGAUCCAAAAUGGAUAGGAUUUGUGUUUGGAUCCAGGUAGAAAUAAACCGUGCUUUCGCUCUGAAAGCUAUUUACAAAUGAUAUUUGUUCUUCGUGAGUGAGAGAGAGACUUGAGAGUAUAUUUAUACAUGUUUGUUACCAAGAGAAGAAGUUUUAUAUUU